UCUAGAUAGUACUUAUUAUUAGCGCUUCAAUCCUCCUUCCUGACCAUCUCCCUGCUCGUGAAGAAUUCUUGCUAUUCGUAUGGAUUGCAGAGCUGUACACACUCCUUGUCUAAUCUAAUCCUCGAUGAGAAUUAACACCCAAUGUCUUCAUUACCUCGCACCCUGAAGAGGGUGCUGUAAGCAUUAGAAAUGCUUUUCUUCUGAUUAGGAAUCCCAUCGCUAGUCCCUAUCAUAACUACGAAGUAUUUUCGGUAUGAGCACAUAGUAAAAGCUGUCGUACGAAUACUCUGUUAUCCGAUAAUCGACAAUCAGUAGCAACAUGAAUCUACGAGUGGGGUUGACCAAACCUCCGCGUCCUGUUAUCGCGAUUGCGGGGUUGGCAUGCGAAACCUCAACUUUCACACCGUCACGCACGCUUGCUCCGGCAUUUAAUCCAAAGCGCGGGAAGGAGAUAAUUGACAAAUAUGCAUUCAUCCAGCCUGGAACAGUCCUCGCUGAAGCCGCUGAUUGGCAUGGUGCCCUCAUCGGCCACGCGCUACCCGGCGGAAUCGUGACGAGGGCUGCUUUUGAGGAACUCGCAGAGGAGAUUAUUGCUCGCCUUAAGAAUAUUCUGACCUCAGUUCCAGUAUUACAUGGUUUGUGGUUCGAUAUCCACGGUGCCAUGUGCGUCGAGGGACUCGACGAUGCCGAGGCUGAGCUUCUUCGUCGCAUCCGGGCUGUUAUCGGGGGCGACGUGAUCGUUUCCGCAUCAAUGGACCUGCAUGGCAAUGUUUCUCGAGAGUUGGCUCAUCAGACUGAUCUGAUUACAUGCUAUCGAAUGGCACCUCAUGAGGAUGCGAGAGAGACCAAAAGGCGCGCUUGUAGUAAUUUGGUUGAGCUAUUGCAACAAGUAUGGGAAGGAGGACCUUCCCGACCGAUUAAAGCGUGGGUUCCCAUCCCAAUUCUACUGCCAGGAGAGCAGACUUCUACACGAGUCGAGCCUGCAAAACAUAUAUAUGGUACUAUCCCUAGCGUUGAGGACAGAGAGGGAAUCAUUGAUGCUGCAAUAUGGGUUGGUUACCCCUGGGCAGAUGAGCCACGAAACCGUGCAUCUGUCGUUGUAACAGGAUGGGACAAAGACACGGUGGUAACCGGUGCUCAAGAGCUAGCCCAUCUAUUCUGGGAUUCGCACACAGAUUUCAGAUUUGUUGGGCCUGCCGGGUCAUUCACAGAAUGUCUAGACAAAGCCAUGGCCUCAUCUGCCAGACCCUUUUUCAUAUCAGAUUCGGGGGACAACCCGACGGCCGGAGGUUCAGGGGACAUGACCUGGGGGCUUAUCAGACUGCUUGAACGACCAGAAUUCAAGAACCCUUCAGGACCCACUGUCAUAUAUGCGAGCGUCCCAGGACCGAGAGCUGUUCAGACUGCUGUGGAGGCAGGAAUCGACGCCAUCGUCACUGUAACUGCAGGUGCAGAGGUGGACAAUAUCCACUCGGGACCGGUCACCCUUACUGGUCGAGUGCAUUAUAUCAAGCACGGUGAUAGAGAUGCAGUGACAGAGGUGGUGAUUCAAGUGGGCAGUAUAUUUGCAAUCCUGACCAAGCUCCGUAAACCGUAUCAUUACGAGCAUGAUUUCACAGACCUCAACCUCCAACCCAGAUCGGCCGAUAUAGUGAUUGUGAAGAUAGGCUACCUCGAACCAGAGCUGUAUGAUAUGGCAGCGGACUGGAUGCUUGGGCUGACUCCAGGUGGAGUAGAUCAAGAUCUGGUACGACUGGGGCAUUGUCGAAUUCGCCGCCCGAUGUGGCCGUUUGAUAAACACUUUGCACAACAGCCGAAUCUAAGUGCACGAAUCAUCCCUAUGUCUAAUGAGCCAUUAACUGGACCAGAUGAUUAAUCUUUUGUUUACGGGCAAUUCUGGAAUGAUAUACUGUUGUGGCUUUUCUAACAGACAAGGAGAAUGAUUGAGAUUAAACUAAACUACCAUAUUGUGAUGCAUACCUGCAAUAACCCCAACUCACUAUCACUCCACGUUAAUCCGCCAAAUCCGUAUUGAUAGCAAUAAUAU